UGAGGCCUUGGUUGAGUUUAUCAAUGAGAAUUUUGUGGCCUGGGGUGGUAGCAUCCGAGCAAGUGAGGGAUUCAAAAUGAGUAACAGUUUGAAGGCGUCAAGGUAUCCUUUCUGUGCUGUGGUUAUGGCUGCAACAAACCAGAGGAUAGCCCUGCUUCAGCAGGUUGAGGGGCCAAGAUCUGCUGAGGAGUUGCUCACAGUACUACAAAGAGUGGUAGAAGAAAGUAGUCCUGUACUCGUUUCAGCUAGGCUUGAAGCAGAAGAAAGAAGAAAUAAUAUACGUCUCAGGGAGGAGCAGGAUGCUGCUUACCGCGCUGCACUCGAAGCUGAUCAGGCUAGGGAGCGUCAGAGAAAGGAAGAGGAGGAGCGCUUAGCAAGAGAAGCUGCUGAAGCUGAGAGAAAAAGGAAAGAGGAAGAAGAAGCCCGUGAAAGGGAAGCACGUGAAGCUGCCGAGAGAGAAGUUGCCUUGGCUAAAUUGCGGGAGGAGAAAGCUCUCUCCCUCGGCCCCGAACCUGAGAAGGGUCCUGAUGUUACCCAAGUUGUGGUGCGUUUUCCUAGUGGGGAGAGGGAGGGAAGGAGGUUUAACUGCACAGCAACCAUACAAUCUCUAUAUGAUUAUGUUGAUUCAUUGGGUCGCGUAGAGCUUGAGAGCUACAGGCUCGUUUCCAACUUCCCUCGCACGGUUUAUGGGUCCGACAAGGUAGAGAUGUCCCUUACGGAGGCGGGGUUGCAUCCUCAGGCCAGCCUAUUCAUUGAAUCAAAAUCAUGAUGACUUGGCACGUGCUUGGAGAUGCCCCCGUUGGAUCAGAUAUUGUAACGGGAGAGGAAACGCUUAGUUGAAUUGGCAUGUGGCGGUUUCAGCGCCGUUGCUUCUAACGCUCCUUGAUGUAUUUCGGCUUUUAUAGAGAAAAAAUUCAUAUUAUUAUGUCUUGUAAACAGGUCAACAAAUAAGCUUACUUCCAAUAUGGGUUAGUUUAAUAUUUCUGCCAAGUAUUUUGGAACUUUGCAAACUGUGCUUUCAUAUUGAUUUUCCUGCAAUGCAAGUAUCCAAUAUUUGAGGCGUGGAAGUGUACACAAACAAAAGAAGUUCCGGUAUUAUUAAUGCCUUUUCUCCCAAUAUUGUCCAGCAAUAUUAUCUCUA